CUUAAACUGAAAGUACAUUUGUUCUUAUUCAGGUUCCAUUUUGAGAGGAUAGAGAAAAAAUUAUCGUGAGAGAAGAAAAUAAUAAAGUCUGAUGACCUACAGAGGAGGGGAGUGGGGCACUGCCUCUAAAAUGAGUCUCUCUGGGGACAGGGAGGAGGGGGGCACUGCCUCUAACAUUAGUCUCUCUGGGGUACAUGACACUAAAGCUACGAGCCCAAUCCAUCAGGAGAGACCCAACUCCCCUGUAUGCAGCUGUGUGUCCAUGAAAUGUGACCAAUCUAUGGAUCUACCUCUCACGUUUAAAGAGGGAAACCUUUCUACUGAAAAAAGGAUCGAACAUCCGAGACCAGCCUCCCCUGUACCCAGCUGUGUGUCCAUGAAGAGUGACAAAUCUAUGAAUCCACCUAUCAUGUUCAGAGAAGGAGAAGUUUCCAUUGAACAACUGUUAAAGCAGCAGAGACUAGACUCACCUGUGCCCAGUUGCGUGUCCAUGAAGAAUGACCUGUCUAUGGAACCACCUCUCACAUUUAAAGAGGAAAACAUUUCUACUGUAGAAAGGGUCCAGCAGGAGAGACCAGCCAUCACGGCACCCAGCUGUGUGUCUAUGAAGAGUGACCAGUCUAUGGAUCCACCUUUUAGGUUCAGAGAUGGAGUUGUUUCCUUUGAACAAAUAGACCAACAGGAGAUAUCAGAAUCAGAGAUUCUCAGUGGUCAGUCUACACAGACUCAUCAAACAGACCUGUCCUCCAUAUUCAGUUUGCUUGAACAGAAUAUCAUGACAUUAGUGAAGAAAGAGCUGAAGAGGUUCAAGACAAUGCUGAGUUCAGAUCUCCAUGAAGGCUUUGAGAGUCAGCGGGUGGAUGAGGAAGUGGUGGAUGCUGAAGAUGAGAAGCAGGAGUGCAGUGCCAGAGAGGGGGCUCUGAAGAUUACACUUCACGUCCUGAGGAACAUGAACCAGAAGGAGCUUGCUGACACACUGGAGAAAAGUGAGCUUGCUUUGAUUUGCCAACGGGAACUCAAAUCUAAUCUAAAGACGAAAUAUCAAAGUGUAUUUGAGGGUAUUGCUAAGCAAGGGAACCCAACACUUCUCAAUAAGAUCUACACAGAGCUCUACAUCACAAAGGGUGGAAAUGGAGAGGUCAAUAAUGAACAUGAGGUAAGACAAAUAGAGACAACAACCAGGAAACAAGCAAGACCAGAGACGGCAAUCAAAUGUAAUGACAUCUUCAAACCCUUACCUGGACAAGACACACCUAUCAGAACUGUGCUGACAAAGGGAGUCGCCGGCAUUGGAAAAACAGUCUCUGUGCAGAAGUUCAUUCUGGACUGGGCUGAAGGAAAAGCAAAUCAGGAUGUCCAAUUCGUAUUUUCACUUCCUUUUCGGGAGCUGAAUUUGAUGAAAGGGGAAAAACACAGUUUGUUUGAACUUCUCAAUCACUUCUCAAUGGAAACAAAAGAAUCAAGAAUCUCCAACUAUGACAAGUACAAAGUUCUGUUCAUCUUUGAUGGUCUGGAUGAGUGCCGACUGCCCCUAGACUUCAAGAGGAACAAGAGCUGUUGUGAUGUCACAGAGUCGACCUCAGUGGAUAUGCUGCUGACAAACCUCAUCAAGGGAAAUCUGCUGCCCUCUGCUCUUCUCUGGAUAACUACUCGACCUGCAGCAGCCAAUCAGAUCCCUUCAGGAUGUGUUGACCAGGUUACAGAGGUGCGAGGGUUUAAUGAUCCACAAAAAGAGGAGUACUUUAGAAAGAGAUUUAGUGAUGAGAACCUGGCCAGUAGAAUCAUCUCACACAUGAAGUCAUCAAGGAGCCUCUACAUUAUGUGCCACAUACCAGUCUUCUGUUGGAUCUCGGCCACAGUUUUGGAGAAAAUGGGUGAAGAAGGGAGAGAGUUGCCUCAGACUCUAACUGGGAUGUGCACACACUUCCUGGUAUUUCAGAUCAAACAGACAAAUGAAAAGUAUCUUGCGAAAGAAGAGACAAGUCCACACUCGAAUAAAACAAGCAUUCUGUCACUGGGAAAACUGGCUUUUCAACAGCUUGUGAAAGGCAAUCUAAUUUUCUAUGAAGAAGACCUGAAAGAGUGUGGCAUUGAUGUCAGUGAAGCCUCAGUGUACUCAGGAUUGUGCACACAGAUUUUCAGAGAGGAGUGUGUGCUGUACCAGGACAAGGUGUUCUGCUUUGUGCAUCUGAGCAUUCAGGAGUUUCUGGCUGCUGUAUAUGUGUUUCUCAGAUUCAGCAAUGACAAUGAGAAUCUAAUAGCCAAACCACAGUUCAUCUUCCAAAAAUUUCUGUUCAGAAACAUACCGGUACCUGCAAUUGACUUCCACAAGAGUGCUGUGGAUAAAGCCUUGGAGAGUGAGGGUGGACACCUUGAUCUUUUCCUCCGCUUCCUUCUGGGCCUCUCACUGGAGUCAAAUCAUAAGCACUUACGAGGUCUACUGACAAAGACAAGAAGCAGCCCACAGAGCCAUGAAGAAACAGUCAUGUACAUCAAGGAGAAGAUCAGGGAGAAUCCCUCUCCAGAGAGGUGCAUCAAUCUGUUCCACUGUGUGAAAGAACUGAAUGACCAUUCUCUAGUGAAGGAGAUCCAAAGCUACCUGAGCUCAGGAAAUGUCUCCAAUGAAAAACUCUCACCUGCACUGUGGUCAGCUUUGGCCUUUGUGUUGAUGACUUCAGAAGAGGAGCUGGAGGUGUUUGACCUGAAGAAAUACUCCAAAUCAGAGGAAGGUCUUCUGAGGCUGCUGCCAGUGGUCAAAGCCUCCCGAGUAGCCCUGCUGUCCGACUGUGGAGUCACAGAGGAAGGUUGUGCUUCUCUGGCCUCAGCCCUGAAGUCAAACCCCUCACACCUGAGAGAGCUGGAUCUGAGUAACAAUGACCUGAAUGAUUCAGGAGUGAGGAUGCUCUCUGCUGGACUGCAGAAUCCACAAUGUAAACUGGAGACUCUGAGGUCAGUAUUCCUAUUUUUAGUCAACAUGUGAUAACUGUUCACUGGAUCCACAUGUGUUUACCAGGCUUACAUUUUUAAUUUGUCUCUAUGCUCCAGCAUUUUGGAUUUAAGAUAUUAGGCAACAGUACAGAAUAACACUUUCUUUUAGGGGCAUUUCAGACAUAUCUAUCUUACCAUUUAGGCAUAAAAUAACUUUAUUAUGUAUCUCCCCCCAUUUGAAG